AUGUCGGCGCCAAUACCGAAGCCGCCGCCGCCGCCGGCGGCGGGCACCGAGCUGUUGCGGUGCGUCAAGACGCUGUCGAUGAUCGUCAACUGCUACUCGGAGACCAAGAAGCUGGCCAACGGCAGGUCCCUCAAGUCCGCCGCGGUGGCCGCCGGCGGUCACUCCUGGCGCAUCGCCUUCUACCCCAACGGGAGGCUCCCCGGCAACACUGACUUCGUAUCCGUCUACCUCCUGCUGGACGACGCCGCCGGCGGAGCCGUCACCGAUGACGCCGUCCACGUGGAGGCGAGGUUCAUGCUGAUCGAGGUAGGCUACCCGGCGCAGCGCCUCGAGUCCUUCAAGGUCGCCGGAGCCGUUGGUGCGCGGCACGAAACGCUGAUCGGCAGCGAGCGCUUCGGCUCGCGGAAGGAACUGGAGAGAUUGGACUUCAUCGUGAAGCCCGAUCGCUUCACGAUCCGGUGCGACUUCACCGUCGUCUCCACCAAGGGCGGCAGCAAGCCAACCGUCGACGCGCCGGCCUCGGGCGGCCUGCCGAAUCCGACUCCGACCGUCGCGAGGAGCCCGCCGCCGCAACCAUCAGUCCAGCAGGCAGCGGCGCCGGCGGGAGCAAGCAGCAGGGUGCCUCCACCGCCCGCCCCACCGCCGGUAGUACAACCGGCCGUGAGGGCGCUGCGCUCCUCCAUGUCCGGCCUGCCCGCGGAUCUCGGCCGCCUCCUCGAGACCAAGCAAGGCGCGGACAUGGACUUCGAGGUGCGCGGCAAGGUGUUCGCCGCGCACAAGCUCGUGCUCGCCGCCCGGUCGUCGGUCUUCAUGGCGGAUUUCUUCGGCCCGGCCAAGGAGAAGGCCACCGGCAGCCACAUCCGCAUCCGCGACAUGCGUCAGGACGCGUUCGAGGCCCUGCUGCAUUACAUGUACACCGACUCGUUACCGGCGACGGUGACGAACGCACGGGCAGAAGCCGCCGUGUUUGCACAGGACCUGCUCGUGGCGGCGGACCGGUACAAUCUCAAGGACCUCAAGUCACUCACUGAGAACAAGCUGUGCGAGCACAACGUCGGCGCAAGCACGGUGUUGCCAAUGCUGGCGCUAGCGGAGCACCACCAGUGCUGGAAGCUCAAGGAGAAGUGCCUGGAGUUCAUCGCUGCUGGGAGGAACACGAGAGCUGUCAUGGCGACGGAUGACGUCGAGCAUCUGGCGAGGCGCUGCCCCUCUGUUGUCAGGGAAGUGCUCACCAAGAUUCUGGACGCAAGGGAGGCGACGCCAAGCAACCGUGUGAUGGUCAGCAUAGAUGUCUCCUUCUACAUUUAUGCUUUGAUUUUCAUCUUUCCCUUGGGCUUAUGUGUUCUUUUUUAUGCUAUUCUGUUAAAAUAG